AUUUACUAAAAAUCCAGGAUGUGAUUCUUUCAUAUAAAAAAUUAGUAGAACUUAAAAAAAAUCAGUGUAAACAACUUAAAAGAAAAAAUAAAGAAAUGGAAAAUAAGGUUAAUGGACUACAAAAGGAGCUAUCAGAAACAAAAGAGUUGAAAUUGCAGUUGGAGCAUCAAAAAGUGAAAUGGGAACAAGAACUUAGCGAUUUGAGAUUUAGCGUCAAACAAGAAAAAGAAAAAAGAAGAAAUGCUGAUAAAUUAUAUGAAAAAAUGAGGGAGCAAUUCAGAGAAAAAGAAGAGCAGUAUAAUAAAGAAGUUGAAAUGAAACAACAACUUGAACUUCGUCUUGCAACAGUAGGUGCGGAAUUGAGGACUGUGAGAAAUAAUUUGGAUCAGGUAAAUCUUUGAUAAAAAUUGCA